GUUUAAAAUUGCUGUGCUUUACUAAAUGCAAUAAUUUUAGCUAAAUUAUUGUGCAAAAGUGUAAAAAUGAUUAACAAUUAGAGCUUAUGCAAUAGAUUAAUAGAUUCAGUGCAUUUGUAUUGUUGUAAUUGGAUUUGUGCUGGGUCAAUCGGCUUUCGAUUUGGAAGAUGACGCUGGAUUCGUACGACAAGUUGCUGGGAACGGUCCUGCAGGAGUACAAAAUUUUGAGUGAAUACAAAAGAUUGCAGAACGAAGAUUUGGGUGGACUCUACGUAAUACCGUCUUUUGAAAACAGCUUCGUUUGGUUUGGGGUAAUAUUUGUUCGCAGUGGUCCUUACAAGGAUGGUGUCUUUCGUUUCACGAUCUCCUUAUCGGAAAAGUUUCCAAAUGACGCCAGUGUUCCGACUGUCGUUUUCCAAAGCGAAACAUUCCACCCGUUGAUCGACCCGUACAAUGGAACCCUCGAACUGACCGAGGCCUUCCCAAAGUGGAAAUCGGGCGAUAACCACGUCUGGCAACUGCUCAAAUUCAUUCAGUACAUAUUCGCCAACUUCGACGAGUACAUGUCCCUGGCCGAGCAGAGUGCCAACAACUUGGCCCACGAGCUGUACGGUCAGAACCGUUCGGAAUUCCUCGGAAAAGUGGAAGAGUGCGUGCGGCUCAGCCAGGCGAGACUGUACGAUCCGGCACCGGUUCAAGAUCGCAACUACAUCCUGUUCGAUCGGUUCGACAGGGAUACCCACGGUUCGGUGUUGGAAUCCAUGAAACAGGGCAAAGCGAACGAGGUCACUACGCCGCCCUCCUCCGGACUAUCAUGGGUCAAGGAAGGGGUUUUCCAACCGCUGAGCAAACAGGGUUGACAAAUGGCUGUGAUCCAGUGCUGCUGAAGUUCAAAAUAUCAUUUUUGGAGAGUUAUUUAUUAAUUUAUAAUGAAAAUACGAUGAACAAGAAUGGCAAUAAUAUAUUUUAGUUGUACGUGUGAAAUUAAACUAAAUAAUUUAAACAACAAUCAAAACGGA